AUGGGUAAUCUCUGCGGCAAACAGUCAAAAGACAACUUCGCAGGCAAUGGGCGCACACUUGAAUCUGCGCCUACGCCUGCGACCAGAGCAUCUAUUCCGAACAAUGUUGCACCACCAAAGCCAAAGGUCGGUGGACCACCACGAACGCUAGGAGAUAGCAACAGGCAAGAUGAUCCGAAAGCUGCGGCUGCGGCUGCUGCAGAGGCCCGCGCGAACAAGGCUUCAUCAGGCGACCUCCAGAAGAAGCUCGAUGCACAGAAACGCCAAACGAACAACCAGACUCUGCAGCAAGCCGCCAACGAGAACCGCCUAGCACGAGAAGCUGACCAAGCGACUGAGACGAGAAACUACAACUGA